CAGCGUUUAAGGUGUUGUUGUAGCCCUUGUAGGUAAGAGAUACAGCAUCCUAUUCUAAACCCCGAGCAUAAACCCUAGAGACAGAUUCACAGAGAGACAGAAAGAAAGAGAGAUGGGAAGGUCACGAAGAAAGUACAAGCAAUCGAGGACGAAGGUCCGCGUGGCGCUGCCGAAGAGGAAGCCCAACGUCUUCAAGGCAGCCUUCUGUCUACCUCCGAAGCUUCGCGCCUUACUGGAACAACAAGGCCCAUCCUCUGCCUCAUGGGACGCCGAGGGCACUGUUAUCGAAAACUAUAAGUCCUUCGGCUUCGUUUCUAACCCUAACUUGCUCGGCGUCCGCUCUCGAACCUCUCACAUGAUCGAAAGCGAUUCUCUCCAGGUCCCUCCUCCGCCUCCUUCGGGAGAUGAGCCCGUCGACGGUAGCGACGUCGAAGAAGACGAUUUGAGAUCUAGUCUAGGGAAAAAGCGGAGAGAUGGAAAAUCUGCACCACUGCAACCAUUAACGGCCAUGCAACGCGUUUAUAUUGGUCGGCUCAUUGAGAAGUAUGGAGACGACUAUCAGGGAAUGUUCAUGGAUACAAAACUAAAUGCAAUGCAGCAUUCUGUUGCAACUUUGGAGAAACUAUGCAAAAGGUAUCACGUGCAUAAAGAUAAAAAUCCCUUAUUGAUCCGUUGAGAAAGGCUCAGUCGUGCAUGGCAAUCUCGUGACAGUGAUUCGAUCGCUAAUGUGGUCUUUUCCUCAUUUUCAAUACGUUGUAUCUUAUUGACUUAUGAAAGAAUUUUGGUUGUUGAAUGAUUAAUAUAAUUGUUCUAAAGAAAAUUUUGAAUGACGGGAGUAUAUGAUUGCGCACUGUAUUGUAAUAAGAACAUGAAACCGUAUAUGUUGUAUGAGUGAAAUAGUGACUGUAUUUAGAACUAUUUUGUA